AUGCUUCUAGACGAAGCCUUGUUGGAGAAGGUCGCUCAGGAUGGGUCUAUGGACUACGACCGAUGGCCUGAGCAAUUAGAACCUUUAAUCCAACGUCUUGAUGAGAUUAUCAACGAAUUUCCCAUACCGAAAAUACCCCCCGAAAUAGCAUCUUCCUACGCCUCUUCCUCCUACCCUUUUCACGCCUCUCUCCAAAGCAGCAACAAGGAGAAUGCCCCUCCUUCUCCCUCCGCAACUCAAACAACGUACAACGGCGCUUCAACCUCAACCUCCGAAUAUGUCACGGCAAAUGAAACCAUAGCCCUAAACUCGCAACCCUCGCAACCCGACACGAACUCUUUACCUCCUCCACUCCUCUCUCUUAUUGCUUCCAUAAAGAGCACUUUACGAGCAUAUUUCGCGUCGAAACCGCCGCAUACCGUUCAACGACUUGCAGAAUUAAUAUUGCGUCCUACACGGCAAUAUCGAACACUUCCGGCGUAUUUGAGAGCUGUGGAUAGGGUAGUCUCGGUAUCCAGUUGUGCAGAUAUAUUUCCACUUCCUCGAACGGGGUACUCUCCCGACGACGAGCUAGCGAACGGCAUUACCAAUGGCGCAAGAUCAAGUUUCAUGGUUACAGAUGAGUCACUCGGCAGUGAUGAAUCACUCGGUGGAGCGCUAUUAACUCCAAUUCCAUGGCUGAGAAACCAUGACCUCGAAGCUGUACAGGCUGAGAUGAUUGCAGAAGGCGCCGUCCCCCUACGUGCGGAUGCUGCAGUCACCCAAGGAGAGCUUAUCAGACAGGAGCAAGAAGCCGGCCUGAUCGCCACAUCACAAACACCACACGUCUCUUCAAGAUACCUAACAGAGAACGAAGAAGACGGCGAAAACUCGUCACCGCAACCGGAAGAAAUCCCACAUGCGCGAGGACCAUCUGUACUCGGUGUCGAGGAUUUGGGUCUACAGGAUGGCAAGGGCGUGGAGAUGGUUCUUUCGGACCCGAACAAUAAGUCUCAGGAAGAAAAGUCUGAGAUGGAUGUGUCGGAUUCAGCGGAGGGUCUGAUACCCGAUGAGGUGGUAUCUGAAACAGUAACGAAAGAAAAUGGUAAUGACGACGAUGAUAUCAUCCUCGACGAUCAAGUCACUGCUCCUUUGACAGAAACGAGCACAGAAUUAGAGACGGAGGGUUCGAUAACACAGGAUGAAACGGGCUGA